CUCCCACUUUAUUUUCUUUUCCAUUCCUUUCCCCUCUUAAGUCUCCAAACAGAGCCUAAGUUCACAAGAACCGCCGAAGUUUUUCACUUUUUCUCUUGUGAUGUGAUGAGCGAGGGUUCGUGAGAGAUGACGAUUUGAGGGAACAAAAGAUUUCAAAUUUGUCAAGACUCUCUGUCUCUCUCUCUCUGCUGAUCAGGUAAGUAUUCCCAUCGUUGGCUAAAUUUUACCAAUGUCUAUCUUAAUCCGCAAAAAUUUGCACAAGGUGAGGUUUGCUAUCAGAAGUUCAUUAACCCACCAUUUCUACGUCAGUCACAUCCACCCCUACUCAUCAUCUCUCACAUCCAUUGAUCGAACACCAAAUCAACACUCAUUCACAGUCAAUUACCUCAUAAACUCAUGUGGGUUUCCUCUUGAAAAGGCUAUAACAGCAUCAAAGUACAACAAUUUCGAAACCCCAGAAAAACCCGACCGUGUUAUCGCAUUCUUGUUUAACCACGGCUUCACCAAAACCCAAGCCUUAAAUGUCAUCAGAAAGGUUCCCCAAGUCAUUGUGUCCAAUCCAGAGAAAACCCUUUUGCCCAAACUCGAAUUUUUCAAAUCUAAAGGCGUUUCAAGCACAGAUGUUGUCAAAAUACUGUCAACAACGCCAAAACUUCUUAUAAGAAGCUUAGACAACCAAAUCAUCCCAUCUUUCGAGUUAUUUAAGAAUUUGAUUGGUUCGGAGGAGAAAACGUUAUCUGUUAUUAAACGCUCUGCUAGGCCGCUUUCGGUUGAUCUCGACUCUCGUAUGACACCCAAUGUUGAAAUUCUGCGGGAGUUCAAUGUGCCAGAUGUAAACAUCGCAUACUUGUUGAAGAACCAUCCUAGAGUUUUCACGCCGAGUGAGAGAUUUAGACAGACUGUAGAGGAGGUAAAGAGAAUGGGUUUUAACCCUCUGAGAGUUACCUUUGUUUUAGCCAUUUACGUGUUGAACUCACUGAGUAAACCUGUGUGGGAGAAGAAGAUUGAGGUUUACAAAAAGUGGGGUUUGUCCCAGGAUGAGAUUCUUGUGGCUUUUGGGAAGUAUCCGUUGUUUAUGAUGGUGUCCGAGGACAAGAUCACGAGAGUGAUGGACUUUUUUGUCAAUAAAAUGGGUUUAGAGUCUUUGUUUGUUUCAAAAAGGCCACCCCUCUUAUCAUUGAGCUUCGAGAAGAGGAUUGUACCGAGGUGUUUUGUUUAUCAAGCAUUGCAAGCAAAAGGUCUGAUCAGGGGAACCAAUAUUAGCUUGAGCACGAUGCUGAAGUCUCCUGAAACUCUGUUCAUAAGGAAGGUUGUCAAUUUGGCCAAGGAAGAAGCUCCUGAGCUAUUGAAGUUGUACAAGAAAAAGUUGGCAAUUGCUAGAUAAUUAAGAUACGGGCAUGAAAUGAGAAUGGACUGGUUAAUAUGUUAAUUGGACAUGCAAUUGUCCUAUUAUUUGCUUCCUUAAAUUUAACGUGUGUGUGUUGAAUUCUCUCCUUUUGCAUACAACUUGGCCGUGGAACUUUUUAACUACUUAUGUUCUAGUUGAGAUAGAUUUCAGAUU